AUGUCUGGCAUUACUAUCGAAAAAAAUGAUGAAACAAGUACUCGUUUUACAUUUACGAAUGGUUCGUUAGUUGUACUUAUUCGAAAUGGUGAUUUAAGUCAAGAACCAUGUGAUGCUCUUGUUAAUUCUACAAAUACCUGGAUGAAUCCUAGUGGAGGACUAGAUAAAGGUAUACAUCAAUUAAUGGGACAAUUUUUUACAGAUCAAGUCGUAUCUAUUCAUAUAGCAAUGAAAGAAGAUUCAUGUCAAAUUGGACAAUCACGCAUAUUUGUUGCACAUUAUGAUGAUAAAAAUAUUAAUACUCGUUUUAUUAUAAAUACUGUCGGACCAGUUUAUAGUGAAGAAACAAAAGAAUAUGCGACUUUUCUUUUAAAAUCAUGUUAUCAUACAUCAUUAGCACUUGCUAACCUUUAUCAGUUAUGUUCAAUUGCAUAUCCAGCAAUAUCAUGUGGUGCUCAUCAUUUCCCUCCACAGGAAGCAGCUCGUGUUUCUAUUGAAUCAAUACGUGAAUUUUCAUAUAAUGUUAAAGAUGUUCGAUUUGUUCUAUUCGAUACUGCUACAUACGAAAUUUUUCUUAAAGAAUGGACUGAUUAUGCUCAAAAAGUAAAUAGAGAAGCCAAUAGUAUCGAUCAAACUCCUGUUAUUGUAAAUGAAUCAUCGAAAACACUAUCAUCCACAUUAAUAUCAUCAACUAAUUACUGUGUUCUUUGUCAAGAUAAAAAAUUAUCUAUUGAUGAACAACUUCUAUGUAAUGAUUGUUUGAAAAUGGCACGUGCAGAAAUGUUCAAUACUAUUCUAACAAGAUUACGUCUUGCGGCUGAAAAAUCAUAUGAUGAACUUAAACAUGUAUGUCAAAUGUUAAAACCAAUUUUAAAAUCCUAUUCACUUGUAUAUACUCCAGUACAAAUAUUUGAUCAAAGUAUUCAUAAACGUGAUCAUAUAGCUGAAACUUAUUUACAAACAUAUUGUACUAAAGAAUUUCGUAAUUUCAUGCCUAUGGCAAUUAUUGGUGAUGGCAAUUGUUUUUAUAAUGCAUUUGUAAAAUUAGGAGGAGGAGCUGGUACAACCACUGAUACAAUGACUUUAACAUCUGUUGAACUUCGAGCACGUAAUAUUAUAGAACUUGUUCUUAAUAUAGAUGACUAUAUAGCUCAAUAUGGUCAUUUAUCAUGUUUUCUUGAGAAUUUUGAAGAUUAUGUUAGAAAAGAAAUGAUGCAUGAUACGAAUUUGAUUACUAUCUGGGAUCUUCUUAGUAUACCAACUGUAUUAAAUAUUACUUUAAUUAGUGUUUAUCCAAAAGUUAAUGGUGAUGAUGAUUUACACCAUCAAUAUAUUAAUAAUAUGUUAUUUAUACCAUUGAUACAUGAAGAUGAAAAUCAAGAGCAAAACAAUGGACCAUUAGUAAUGAACAAAGAAGUUCGAUUACUUUUUUCUAAUGGUAAUCGAGUUAUGAUGGAUCCUUCGCAAAAGAAAGACAAUUGGUUACCUAAUCAUUUUGUACCUCUUCUUAAUUUCAAAUAA